GGUUAAUUCUACUUAAUAUCUUACUUCAUCUUAGCUACAUUCAGUACCAAACCCUAGAAAAAGUUUGAACUCUCUGUAUAUUCUCAAAUAUUGAACUGAACGAAAAGAUAGUUUUUACUCCACGAGAUCCAAAAGCUUGACUUUCAGCUGUCAAUCACAAUAAUCGAGUCAAAAUAUAAAUAUGCGUUGAAAGUUAAAAAGGAAAAUAAUUUGGGCAGGGAAAAGAAAGGUUUGACCGAAGAGUUCGAGAACAUUGGCACGGAAACUCGAGGGAUACUUUCUCUUUCCUUUGGUUGAAUUGCAGCAGCCAGAUCGUGAAAGGGAUAAGAAAAACAAAGCAGGUACUAAAGAGAAAACAAAGAAACAAAAGAAAAGAAGUGUUUGUGCAAAGUAGCUAAUACUUGUCAAUUAUGGCUUCAUCUUCUUCAUCUUCAUUGUCAUCCUACUCACCAUGUGCAGCAUGUAAAUUCCUACGUCGAAAAUGCCAGCCAGAAUGCGUGUUUGCCCCUUACUUCCCACCAGAUCAACCCCAGAAAUUUGCAAAUGUUCACAAAAUAUUUGGAGCCAGCAAUGUGACAAAGCUGCUCAAUGAAUUGCAGCCUCACCAAAGGGAAGAUGCUGUCAACUCUCUCGCUUAUGAAGCGGACAUGCGCCUCCGCGACCCCGUCUAUGGUUGCGUUGGCGUCAUUUCGCUUCUUCAACAUCAGCUUCGACAGCUCCAACUUGAUCUUAGCUGUGCCAAAUCCGAGCUUUCCAAAUACCAGAACUUAGGAGGAGGCAUUGCUAGUACGAACAGUUAUGGCCUCUUGGCAGCAGGCAAUCAGCAUAAUUUGGGGUUCAAUUUUAUGGGAGGAGGAGGAGGGGGUGGGAGGCCAGACCAUAACCACCACCUCUAUCACCAUCAAUUUUUCCCUAGAGAUCAGCAACAACAACAACAAAUUAUACGAAGAUUUGAAGGAGGAAGUAAUAAUUUUGGAGUUUGACUUCAAUACACUGAGAAAUUAUUUGUUUAAAGGCAAAAUUAUGUUGAGAUUAUAUAUACAGAUUGUAAUAUUGAGAUUAAUAAUUCCUGAAU